AUGGAAGCCGCCAUGGAGAGGAGAAGAAGAUACUCUGUAAGCUUGUUCCAACUUCUUUUCGUCAACUGCGAGCGCUUUGGCGCCUGGUGCAGUCGUCGUUCAAGCGAGAUGCCAGAUGCCAGAAUGUUAACCCGUCUACAGUUCCCUUCCUACACCCGCGCCUUCGACUACACGGAUCCAGGAGUGAGGCGGAACUCGUUCUUCCGAGAGCUCGGAUGGCUGAUUACGACACACCCCACCAUGGGGCAACGCUGGCAAGCGUUCGAAGCAGAGACUGCCCAGCAGCGGCAACGGCGGGAAGGGGCGUUGGAGAGGGGAAGGGAGGAGCAGGAGCAAGAGAAGGGUGCUGGAGAGGAGGCGGAUUCGGCUGGCGAGGUCGAAGGCCAGAACUCUCCCCUCGACGAGGAGCAGCCCGAAGUACCAGAGGAAGAUGAGGUACCAGACCUCGAUAUAGACCAGCAUUCAAUUGCGUCUACGGAGCUGCUGGAGCCUUGGGAACUUGACGAAUCCUUCCCAGAGCCAGAGGAGGAAGAUUUCGAGCCGGCGACGGGGCCUGGAUCCCCUAUUGUUCUGGAUCCUGCGGCGGAGGAGUUUCAGCAGCUGGGAAUGUUUUUCGCAGAACGCCAGCCUGAGGAGGAGGGCUGA